UCUUGAUUCUCAUCAUGAGUGAGACAAGAAGUAGAUAGAUGUGCAAGGUGGGGUUUUCUUUAUUGUCAAAAUCUGAACGGUCUCUUAAUGAUAAGUAGUUUUUAAUUACUUUUCUAUUGUUGACCUCUCUUCUCUCUUCCCCUAUCCUUUGUCAAUCUCUUUCUUUUGUGAAUGAUUACAUACGACGGCUUGGAGACUUGUAUCAUCAACAAUCAAUCAUAUGAAGAAGAAAGCGGAACAAGUCGAGGAGAUGGAUGCCUGACUGAUUCGUUGGAUGAUGAUGCGUUUUCAAGCUGUUCAUCAAGCAAAGAUGCCUCUAGCUCUUUUUCUUCAAAAUGGUUACCGAUGAAGAAUGAUGAACACAGUUGCGAUGGUUUGAACUUAUCUGGAAGGUCCCAUCAUUUUGAUGCUAAGGAGAAGAAACAAGGUUACGGCAGUACUCAACAUUUUGAUGGUAAGGAGAAGAAGCCAGGCUAUGUCUAUUGUCAUUUGGAUGUGGAAGCUAUGAAGGAGAAAUUUUCUAAGCUAUUGCUCGGCGAAGAUGUCACUGGGGGAUGCAAGGGUGUCCAAGUAGCUUUGGCUUUGUCAAAUGCUGUAACACAUCUUGCUACGUCGAUUUUCGGCGAGCUCUGGAAAUUGGAACCCUUGUGUGAGGAGAAAAAACAGAAAUGGAGAAGGGAAAUGGAUUGGCUACUUUCUCCAACUAACUACAUGAUUGAGUUAGUGCCUUCUAAGCAAAAUGAUGCCAAUGGAAGAUCACUUGAGAUAAUGACCCCGAAAGCCCGCGCGGACAUCCAUAUGAAUCUCCCUGCUCUACAGAAGUUGGACUCCAUGCUAAUCGAGACACUGGAUUCUAUGGUGAACACAGAGUUUUGGUAUUCUGAGAUUGGUAGUAGAGCUGAGGGUAAGAACAAGACUACAAGCGAGAGCAAGCGAUGGUGGCUUCCAUCGCCACAAGUGCCUAAACCCGGGCUCUCUAACUCAGGAAGGAAGAAAUUACUUGACAAAGGCAAAGUUGUUUAUCAAGUCUUCAAAGCUACAAAAGCCAUAAAUGAAAACAUUCUUCUUGAAAUGCCAGUACCCGUUGUAAUCAAGGAAGCAAUACCCAAAUCAGGAAAGAACAGCCUCGGUGAUGAACUAUACAAGAUGUUGGCUGUGGAAUCUGCCACAGUAGAUAAAAUCUUUAUAUCUCUCAAUUUGGGAACUGAACAUGCAGCACUCGAGACAGUUAACAAGUUAGAAUCUGCUAUAUUUGCUUGGAAGGAAAGGAUUACAGAACAAGGCAGUAGCGGUAAAUCCCCUGUACGAGCAUCGUGGUCAUUCGCUAAAGAUCCAUUGUCUGAAAUUGGUCGCAAUGAGUCACUCUUGAACCGCGCAGAAGCGCUUAGAAAUCAUAUCAAAUCCAAACACCCUAAUCUCCCUCACUCGUUUCUUGAUGCCACAAAGAUCCAAUAUGGCAAGGACAUUGGUCAUGCGGUUCUUGAGGCAUAUUCCCGAACACUUGCAAAUCUAGCUUUCCGGAUUCUUUCAAGAAUGGGAGAAAUCUUGAAAGAAGAUUCUUUAAGCAACCCUAACUCUCCUGCACCACCGAGUUGCUUCCCUAACUCCCGUGACCCUUAUAGAACACCCGAGAGGCCUUUGCUUUCGUCCCGUGUAAGGCAUUCUUUAACUGACGACAUGAACAAAGCCGAUGGGACAGAGACUGGUUUAGAUUUUUUGUUUGCAGAUAUUAAGGCAAGUUCAGUGAAUACAACUCCAAGUAGAAGCAGUAGACUGUGGUGUUUGAGUAAAGUGCCUUCUGAUACUUCUUCUUGAUUUAGAGGGUCUUCGUAGUUCG